GCUGUGAUACCAACAGGUAGGCAGGUCGUGACGUAUGCCACCAGCCACCCCUCCUCCUCCUCCUCCCACCGCCCCGCCUGCCUCCCAGCUGCGUCCGCCGCUGUCCUGUCUGGCCGCCCGGUGUCUGCUCCGCUGCUCCGCGCUCUGCCCCGUUCCUAUCCCCGGACCCGAAACCUCUGCCUCCUCGUUCACCACCCCGGCUCCUGGACCCCCUCCCCCCCCCUCUCCGCCCGGUGAAUGCACCAGCGCCGUGAACAUGACGGGCAUCGCCGCCGCUUCGUUCUUCUCCAAUUCCUGCAGGUUCGGGGGCUGCGGACUCCAGUUCGAGUCUCUCGCCGAGCUCAUCGUCCACAUCGAGGACAAUCACAUCGACACAGAUCCGAGGGUCUUGGAGAAGCAGGAGCAACAGCAGCCCACCUAUCUGGCCCUAAGCUACAUCAACAGGUUCAUGACGGAUGCAGCACGCCGGGAGCAGGAGACCAUAAAGAAGAAGGCCACACCCAAGUUGUCCCUGUCCAUCACGGGCGGAGUGUCCAGGAACAGCACGGCCACACCUCCCCGCCACACCAGCGGUAACCUGACGCCUCCCGUCACGCCCCCCAUCACCCCUUCCUCCUCAUUCCGCAGCAGCACACCUACAGGCAGCGAGUAUGAUGAGGAGGAGGUAGACUACGAGGAGUCGGAUAGCGAUGAGUCGUGGACCACAGAAAGCGCCAUCAGCUCUGAGUCCAUCCUCAGCUCCAUGUCAAUGAACGGGGCCGAUGAAAAGCCGUUCGCCUGCCCCGUCCCCGGGUGUAAGAAGAGAUACAAGAAUGUGAAUGGUAUCAAAUACCACGCCAAGAACGGCCACCGCACACAGAUUCGUGUGAGGAAACCCUUCAAGUGUCGCUGUGGCAAAAGCUACAAGACCUCGCAGGGCUUGAGGCACCACACCAUCAACUUCCACCCGCCCGUCUCCACCGAGAUCCUCCGCAAGAUUCAAGGCUAAGAGCCCGCGCUCACACCAAUCAACUUCCCCUAAAAAAAAAAAAAAAAGAGUCCUGACUUUCCUUACCCAUCCUAUGUACACUAAAGGAUCAAGUGCAUGCUUUAA